GCGCCUAUAAUGUAUAUAUAGUUGGCACCCACCUAAAUACACCAAUUAUAAUAUAGCUAUACGCGGGUAAUACCUAACAAUUAAUGGGACGCGUUCCGUCGAGACGAUAUUAUUUUUUAUACGUUUACCGCAGGAUUGCGCCUGUUUUUUUUUUAAUCUUUCAUUCGAACCUAUACAUAGGUAUAAUAUAUAAAUAUAUUAUUAUCGGCAGCACGAGACGCGUACAGACUAUUAUACUAUUAUACACGUAUAGGGACGUGAAACGAGAACAAAAUCUAGGCUAAUUCAACGGACGGCGACGUCGCCGUUAUUGUGUAACCGCCGACCGAUAUUAUAACCUCUCUUCCUGGCUUCGCGAUACACAAUACAUACCUAUAGGUACCCACCGCGCGAGCACUAUUUUUUUUUUAUUCUUAUUAUUAUUAUUAUUAUUAUUAUUAUUAUUUUCUUUUACUUUUCGUUUUUUUGUUACCGAGUUAUACCACCAUUGCCGGUAUGCCAGUGUUAACCAAACCGUUUAGAUGACCGGACACCGUUCGUGUCCCCGAAGCGGUAGUCGACACGACGACGACGAAGGCGAAGACGACGACGACGGCAAGAAAGUGCGUUCAUGGUGAAAUCGAAAAAAAAAUCGAAAUCUAACCGAUCAGCCGCACGGACUGCUGUGGCUGCAGGACUAUAAUAUUACACAAAGGUACCAGCUUAAACUAUAUACCUACCUAAGCGGAGAUAAUAUUAUGGACUUCUCAACAUCGUACCGAAACUCCGCCGCCGUGAGCGUGUGUGACGUUCGUUUCGUAUGGCUAAUGUUAAUAGCAGCGGUCGCGGAGUGCACCGGAACGGAACGUGCUGCACUGCAACUGCCCAAUUAUUCCAGUGGAUAUUACCCGCAACAUUUCGUUCUGAUCGACCCUUGGGUGUCGCCGUCGUCGAAAAAUACAAAAACAACAUUUUACAAGAAAAAUAAUGGUAAAUCAGAUGAAUCAAUAGGAGGAAUAAAAGAAAUUGAUGCAGAAAAAUACAAAACCGGUAAACUCAUGAACGAAGAAAAAUCUACAAAAUACAAAGAAGAAAAGGGAGAUGAUGACAAAUAUAAUGACAAAGGAGGCAAUGCUGGUGAGAUACAUACACACGGAGGUAAAAAGAAGGAAGCAUCAUACAAAAAAGGUGACAAGCAAAAAAAAUUUAAAACAAAGAAAGGUUUUCGAGAUAAUUAUCACAAAAAUGAAAAACAUAAAGUUAACGAAUUCUGGGACAAUUAUGAAACAUAUGGUACAUUUAAGAAGUUUGGGAAAAAGGGAAACAAAAAGUUGUUAGGCAAUAAGAAAAGCAAGAAAAAUAAAACCAAAAAAGGAGGCCAAUCAAAGAAAGAAAACAGUAACAAAGGUGAAACAAAACAUAAAUCUGGAAAAAAAGGAGAAAUUGGACAUAAAAAGGAAAAGCAUAGCGACACUCACUAUAAUAAUGAGUCUAAAUAUCAUAAAGAAAAAAAAUCUAAAAAACAUCAUAAGAAAAAUACAUAAAACGUGUUAAAAAAAUUAUUAUAAUAAGUAUAAAAUAGUAUUAAUAUUUUAACAAUAAGCAUUAGAAAAGUAGUAAUACAAAAAUAAAAUAGUUAAGUACAAUAAUAUGUAUUUAAAUUAAACUGAUGACAAUAAUUAAAAUAUGGAAGUUACCAAGGAA